UCCUCGGGCCGAGGGGCUUUACGCCCCGCUCCGGGACAGGUGUGUGGGGCAAAGCGGCCUCGACCCUCAGCUGAAAUCCGUGAGGACCAGGAAGGAGCUGAGUAACCUCACCGAGGAGGACGGUGGCCAAGGGGGCGUCGUCGUCACCGAGUUCAUCGCCAUUGUCGUCAUCACCAUUUUCGUCUGCCUGGGCAACCUGGUAAUCGUGGUCACCUUGUACAGGAAGUCCUAUCUCCUCACCCUCAGCAACAAGUUCGUCUUCAGCCUGACCCUGUCCAACUUCCUGCUGUCCGUGCUGGUGCUGCCUUUCGUGGCGACCAGCUCCGUUCGGAGGGAAUGGAUCUUCGGUGUGGUCUGGUGCAACUUCUCGGCCCUCCUCUACCUGCUUAUCAGCUCGGCCAGCAUGCUCACCCUCGGGGUCAUCGCCGUCGACCGCUACUAUGCUGUCCUGUACCCCAUGGUGUACCCCAUGAAGAUCACAGGCAAUCGAGCCGUGGUGGCGCUUGCCUACAUCUGGCUUCACUCCCUCAUCGGCUGCCUGCCACCUCUAUUUGGUUGGUCAUCGGUGGAGUUUGACGAGUUCAAGUGGAUGUGUGUGGCCGCGUGGCACCGGGAGCCUGGCUAUACUGCCUUCUGGCAGAUCUGGUGUGCCCUGUUCCCCUUCCUGGUCAUGCUGGUGUGCUAUGGCUUCAUCUUCCGUGUGGCCAGGGUCAAGGCACGCAAGGUGCACUGUGGCACCGUGGUCCUUGUGGAGGAGGACGCGCACAGGAACGGGAGGAAGAACUCCAGCACCUCCACCUCUUCCUCGGGCAGUAGGAAGAACGCCUUUCAGGGCGUGGUCUAUUCGGCCAACCAGUGCAAAGCGCUCAUCACCAUCCUGGUGGUCAUUGGUGCCUUCAUGGUCACUUGGGGCCCCUACAUGGUCGUUAUCACCUCUGAGGCCCUCUGGGGGAAGAACUAUGUCUCCCCAACCCUGGAGACCUGGGCCACUUGGCUGUCCUUUACCAGUGCCAUCUGCCACCCCCUGAUCUAUGGACUCUGGAACAAGACGGUUCGCAAGGAACUACUGGGCAUGUGCUUUGGGGAUCGGUAUUACCGGGAACCGUUUGUGCAGCGGCAGAGGACUUCCAGGCUCUUCAGCAUUUCCAACAGGAUCAUAGACCUGGGCCUGUCCCCACACCUCACGGCACUCAUGGCAGGCGGGCAGCCCCUGGGUAACAGCAGCAGCACGGGGGACACCGGCUUCAGCUGCUCUCAGGACUCAGGAACGGAUGUCAUGCUGCUCGAAGACUUCACGUCUGAUGACAACCCUCCCUCCCACACUUGCCCACCCAAGAGGAGGAACUCAGUGACGUUCGAAGAUGAAGUGGAACAAAUCAAAGAAGCUGCCAAGAACCCUAUUCUUCACGUGAAAGCCGAAGUGCACAAGUCCUUGGACAGUUAUGCAGCCAGCUUGGCCAAAGCCAUAGAGGCUGAAGCCAAAGUCAACUUGUUUGGGGAGGAGGCUUUGCCUGGGGUCUUGCUUGCAGCACGGACCGUCCCCGGGGUUGGCUUUGGGAGCCGCCGAGGCAGCAGAACUCUCGCGAGUCAGAGGCUGCAGCUGCAGAGCAUCGAAGAGGGGAACGUUUUAGCCGCAGAGCAGACGUGAGGGUGGAUGCCCUUAACACACACUGGUGUGCAGCCAUCAGAAAAAACACUG